GCUGAGAGCUGGGCCAGAAACCUUGAGAGUCUGCCUCUUAACCCCACCGAGUAGAGAAGAUGAGACUGGCACAGGGACCUGGCAUGGCCUCACCCCCAGCACUUGGGAUUUUGGCAGAAACACCUAGUUUUCUUGAGGAAACAGAAGUGCCAAGGUCCAGUCCUGCUCUGAGGCCCAUCCCAGCAGAAGGAAUAGCAGUGCUUGCCCCUUGGCAGCAGGGCAGGGACUAAUCUGGUGUUUCUUCCUCCCAUGCAGGACAUGCCUGGUUGCUGAGCAGAACUGAGGAGCCAGCUGCUGAGGAAGGGCCUGGAAAGCUGGAGCCAGCAUGGGCUUCCCUGGGGAGUAUGGGUGAGGUGGAUUCCCUGACCUCAGCAACAGACCAAUGGCAUAAGGGUCAGGGGAUGCUCCAAAAGCAGGAGAAUGUAGCAGUGAACAAGGUCCCAUCUCUAUUUGGGCAUUGGAGUGAAGAAGGGAAACAAGCCCGAAACAGCCCAAGGUCCAGGGAUGAAUUUGUGGUGCUGAGACACCAGAAGAGGCAGAAAGGAAAGGCCCAUUGGAGAGAGACACUGCAUGCAAACCAAGGCAGUAUGGGGGGCCUCAGAGGGAAGCAGGAGCCCACCACCAAGCGCAGGGGGAGAGCCCACUCCUGCCCUGAGUGCAAGAAGAGUUUUAGCUGCCCCUCGUGCCUGGCUCUGCACAAGAUAAAGCAUGCUGGGGAGAAGCCCCAUGUUAGCACCAAGUGUGGGAAGAGCUUGACCAGCCUCUCUGUGCAGAGGAGGCAGCAGCCACACGGCUGCACAAGGUGUGGGAAGAGCUUCAGGCAGCCCUCCAGCGUGGCCAGGCACAGGUGCAUGCACGCAAGGGAGAAGCGUCAUCCUUGCUCUCUGUGUGGGAAGAGUUUCACCUGGUCCUCUGACCUGGUCCGUCAUCUGCUGAUCCACACAGGCGAGAAGCCACAUCAGUGCCCUGUGUGUGGGAAGAGCUUCGCCCAAUCGUGGAACCUGACCAAGCACCAGCACAUCCACACAGGGGAGAAGCCAUAUUACUGCUCUGUGUGUGGGAAGAGUUUCACCUGGUCCUCCAAUCUGGUCCGGCACCAGCUGAUCCACACACGGGAGAAGCCACAUCAGUGCUCUGUGUGUGGGAAGACCUUCACCCAUUCCUCCCACCUGGCCCGGCACCAGCGCAUCCACACAGGGGAGAAGCCUCAUCAGUGCUCCGAGUGUGGGAAGAGCUUCAGCCAUUCCUCCCACCUGGCCCGGCACCAGCUCAUCCACACAGGGGAGAAGCCAUAUCACUGCUCUGUCUGUGGGAAGAGAUUCACCCAGCGCUCCCACCUAGCUGAGCACCAGCGCAUCCACACAGGGGAGAAGCCACAUCAGUGCUCUGUGUGUCAGAAGAGCUUCACCUACAUCUCCAGCCUGACACUGCACCAGCGCAUCCACACAGGGGAGAAGCCACAUCAGUGCUCUGCAUGUGGGAAGAGCUUCACCAACCGCUCAAGUCUGACACAGCACCAACGCAUCCACACAGGGGAGAAGCCACAUCAGUGCUCUGUGUGUCAGAAGAGCUUCACCUACAUCUCCAGCCUGACACUGCACCAGCGCAUCCACACAGGGGAGAAGCCACAUCAGUGCUCUGCAUGUGGGAAGAGCUUCACCAACCGCUCCAGUCUGACACAGCACCAACGCAUCCACACAGGGGAGAAGCCAUAUCAGUGCUCUGUGUGUCAGAAGAGCUUCACCUACAUCUUCAGCCUGAAACAGCACCAGCAUAUCCACACAGGGGAGAAACCAUUUCAGUGCUCUGUGUGUGGGAAGAGCUUCACCCAGUCCUCCCACCUAGCUGAGCACCAGCGCCUCCACACAGGGGAGAAGCCACAUCGCUGUUCUGAGUGUGGGAAGAGCUUCACCCGACCCUCCCACCUGACCCAUCACCAGCUCAUCCACACAGGGGAGAAGCCACAUCAGUGCUCUGUGUGUCGGAAGAGUUUCACCAACCGCUCCGGUCUGACCCGGCACCAGCUCAUCCACACAGGGGAGAAGCCACAUCAGUGCUCUGCAUGUGGGAAGAGCUUCACCAGCCGCUCCUGUCUGACUCGGCACCAGCUCAUCCACACAGGGGAGAAGCCAUAUCACUGCUCUGUCUGUGGGAAGAGAUUCACCCAAUGCUCCCACCUAGCUGAGCACCAGCGCAUCCACACAGGGGAGAAGCCACAUCGCUGUUCUGAGUGUGGGAAGAGCUUCACCCGACUCUCCCACCUGACCCAUCACCAGCUCAUCCACACAGGGGAGAAGCCACAUCAGUGCUCUGUGUGUGGGAAGAGCUUCACCCAGUCCUCCCACCUGGCCCAGCACCAGCGCAUCCACACAGGGGAGAAGCCACAUCACUGUUCUGAGUGUGGGAAGAGCUUCAGCCGAUCCUCCCACCUGACCCGGCAUCAGCUGAUCCACACAGGGAAGUAGCCACAUUAGUGCUCUGCAUGUGGGAAGUGCUCCACACUGUCCUUCAGGUGGGCCUAGCCCCAGCAUGUCUACACAGGGGACAAGCCACAUGAGUGCUCUGUGUGUGGGAAGAGCUUCCCCCACUCUUCCCAUAUGGUGCAGCAGCAGCUUAUCCACAAAAGGGAGAAGCCAGAUCAGUGCUAUGAGUGUGGGAAGAGCUUCACCCCCUCUUCCAAGCUGGCCCAGCAGCAGUGCAUCCACAAAGGGGGAGAAGCCACAUCAUUGCUCUUAGUGGAGGCAGAGCUUCACCUACUCCGGCAGCCUGUGCCGAACACCAGUGCAUCUACACAGGGGAGAAGCUACAUCGGUGCUCUGAGUAUUGGAAAAGCUUCCCCCAUCUCUCCCACCUGUCCCAGUAUCAGCACAUCCACACCCAGAAGCAUCUCUAUUUCUGCCAGCCGUGCAGGAAGCCCUGGGAGAUGUCUGCCUGCUCAGCACCCACCAGUGGUGCAUUCAGACAAGCACCCUCAUGCUGGUGACCUGAACAAAGAGUUCCCCCAGGCUUUGUCCCUUGUAGGGCACAGUGGGAGUCCAGAACCCAGACACUCACCCCCAAGUUUUGAUUGUGGGGAAGGGGUAAGAAGAAACACCUCAGGCAGAGAUCAGCCCCAACGAAGGGGAGAUGAGAUUUGUUUUUUGUAAAAAUAUAUUUCUCUCUCUAUA